UCGUGGCAUGUUUACAUCAUUGUUCCUUGUUUCCGUCUAUGUUUCUCAAUGAUUUAUUAUAAAUAUAAUCUUAUUUACUAAAAAAAAAAAAAACUUCUCCAACACGCUGCCGUUACAUUGUGUCUUUUUUGUCAGUGCAACCGUGCAAAGCAUUCUAUCAGUAAGUGUUCCCCCCCACCGAUCAAGCACCGCGACUCGGUUGGUUUCUGAUAUGGCUACAACCAACACUCAUGCGGCUUCUGAUGAUGAUCUCCCCUCACUCCUUUCGGAGCAGCGUCGCGAGCUCAUGGCGGCGCAAUCUCUCGAGUCUGACCUUGACUUGGCCUUCCGCCUCCAACUCCAAGAAGCCAUCAACGCUUCCCUAUCUCUUGUCCCUUCAUCGUCAACAUCACCACCACAAUCCUCACCUUCUAUUUUGAUUGUGUCGGAUCAAGACAGCAACGUUUCGGCCUCUCUUCCUUCUCUCCAAACCGAAGAAAUUUCCAAGCUUGAACAAGAAUUGAAUGAUCGGAAACAAUCCGAACUGGAAAUGCGGAGAAUUAGAGAAGAUCUUGACCGUCGAAUGCACGAUCAGAGAGUCGCACGUGAAAUCUCGAUGAUUCCGGACGAUGAGUGGCUCGAGUGGGGCGACGAUUUCGAGAAACCAUUCGGCGAAGGAAGCUCCAGAAGCAUGGGGAACGAUGAUAGUGUAUUCAAGUUGUAUUUUAAGGGUUUGGUUAGCGAAGAGAAUGUGGGGGGCAAGAAGGUAAUUUUGGCUGGGAUUGGAGUGGCAAUUUGUGACCCAGUAGGUAAUUUGGUGUUUGAGAUAAGGAAGCCAUUGGUCGGGAAUGGGAUGAGCAGGCAGGCUGCAGAGGCCAAGGCUUUAAUUGAAGGGCUUAACGCGGCACUCGCUUUGGAGCUCAAGAGGAUUUCAAUUUACUGUGAUUAUUAUCCACUAUAUAAAUUUAUUAUUGGAAGAUGGCCACCAAAGCAACGUAAGGUUGCAACAUUAGUCAAUCAGGUAUCUCUUAUUCAAAGAAAAUUUACAUAUUGCAUUCCAACUCUUGUGGCGCGAAAUGAUAUCAAACAUGCAUUUAAACUUGCAAGAGAUGCAAUAGUUUCUCAGACGACAACACCUGCAGGAUCAAGCCAUGGCAAGAGAGUUCAGGAGACAUGUGUUAUCUGUUUAGAAGAUACUGAUGUUGAACGCAUGUUUUCAGUUGAUGGAUGCAGGCACCGGUAUUGUUUUUCUUGCAUGAAACAGCAUGUGGAAGUUAAGUUGCUUCAUGGCAUGGUACCUAAAUGUCCUCACGAAGGCUGUAAGUCGGAGCUUAGAGUUAAUUGCUGUGGAAAGUUCUUGACACCUAAAUUACUUGAGACAUUGAACCAAAGAAUAGAAGAAGCUUCAAUUCCUGUCACAGAGAAAGUUUAUUGUCCUUAUCCCAAGUGCUCAGCGUUAAUGUCAAAAAAUGAGGUUUCUGAAUACGCCAAAAGUGCACUUGUUGGUUCUGAUCGCUCUGGUGCUCGGAAAUGCUUGAAGUGUCAUGGCCUUUUCUGCAUUAAUUGCAAGGUCCCAUGGCAUAGUAAUAUGACAUGUAUUGUUUAUAAAAUGCGGCAUCCUAACCCACAUGCUGAAGAUGCAAAGCUGAAGUCUCUUGCCUCAAGGAACCAAUGGCGUCAGUGUGUGAAAUGCAACCAUAUGAUAGAACUUGCUGAAGAUGUGGGUUUCAGUUUUGCUAUGUUUGUGGAGCUGAAUGGAAGGACAAAAAGCCAACAUGUUCAUGUCGGCUCUGGGAUGAGGAUAACAUUCUCCAUGAUGAUGACGAGGAAGAAGAAGAAGAAGAAUUAUCUGAUGAUGAUGAGUACUAUGACUCUGACGAGGAUCAUCCCUGGUAACAUGCAAGUAAAGGAAACCAUAAACUACCUUGCUUUUUUCUCCAAUCUUUUUGGAACACUAUUUUGUGUAUAGAGUUGGAAGACGUCAGAGUUGUUUAAACGAUUUAGCUGGGGUUCUUUGCACAUAACUAGCUUGUUCUUUGCCAGCUAGUUUCUUUUGUGGUUUACUUUAUUUUGUUUUCACUGGUGCCUGUAAUAGAAAGGAGAAGAUGGUGAGAAAACACUUGGGCAUUUCGCAAUUGAGCUAAUCAGCACAGUCACUAAGCCUCUGUUUGGGAAGGGACAUUUGUUUGGAGGAAAAUUUUAAAUUGCAUUAUUUGGGCCUUGUUCGGUAA